CCAAAACUGUGGGAGACAGCUUCAACCCAAGUAUCUAUGACAUCAUAUUGCAUCUGAAAGGUUUGCCGUUCUUAGAAGCUAAUCCAGAGCCGUGGAUGAGGAACCUUUCAGUUGGUGAUCUUGGUGAUGCUAAGCCACCUGUUGUAACCCUACAAGGUGUGGAGAAGGUUGCUAGAAUAGUUGAUGUGCUAAAGAACACAACGCAUAAUGCCUUCCCUGUUCUAGAUGAAGCAGAAGUAGCACCUCAAGUGGGUCUAGCAAAUGGAGCUAUAGAACUCCACGGGUUGAUACUGAGAGCCCACCUGGUUAAAGUUCUGAAAAAGAGAUGGUUCUUGACGGAGAAGAGAAGAACAGAGGAGUGGGAGGUCAGGGAGAAGUUCCCAUGGGAUGAGUUGGCUGAGAGAGAAGACAACUUUGACGAUGUGGCUAUCACAAGCUCUGAAAUGCAAAUGUAUGUUGAUCUUCAUCCUCUUACAAACACAACUCCUUACACGGUUAUGGAGAACAUGUCUGUGGCCAAGGCUUUGGUGCUGUUCAGGCAAGUGGGUCUCAGGCAUUUGCUUAUUGUUCCCAAGAUUCAAGUCUCAGGAAUGUCUCCUGUGGUAGGGAUCUUAACCAGGCAGGAUCUAAGAGCAUACAACAUUCUACAAGCUUUUCCUCACUUGGAAAAAUCCAAAGGUAGAAAAGCACACUGAAUUGCUCACUUGUACUAUUGUUUUACCUGUGGUUGUAAGAAUGGCUUUGCAGCCAUGUUGUUUCCUUCCCAUUCUUGAAGAUGUUUCUGUCCAGUUUUGCACUUUUUCUUCAUACUCAACAUAAGUUGAUAAGUUAUGAACAA